CUCCCCAGAGCUGCCAGUCCCUUAAAAUAAAACAACCCAUUAAGUACAACCAUCAAUAGAAUCAAACGGAAUCCUAAACUGGAAACAUGCUGGGAAAGAUGUUGCUUACUAUUGUCCUCGCCUGGUGUGUGCUCUCCUUAGGGCAGGCCAGAGAAGAGACAACCGUUGAAGAAUGCGAAAAGAACAUUGCUCCAUCGUUGAAGAGCCGCAUCUGUGAGCUUCGUCAGUAUAAGACGGUACAAGGCAAGGACAUGGAUAACCACAUGCAGUGUGUUCUGGAAGUGAUUGGCUUUGUGGAGGACACUGGUGAUGUUGUGUUCCAGGAUCUGCUCGCUGUACUGAAAACGAUUGAUUCUAGUCCAGAUCAUUUAAGCAACCUUAAGCAAUGUAAUUCUGAAGCUGAUCGUGUCGAUAGCACAAGCAAAGCGAACACCUUCUACACGUGCAUCUUGGGAACGAGCUCGUCGGAGACCUUCAGGAAGGCAUUCAAUUAUGGUGGGUUAACAGCGGCUGACGGUCAGUGUACCAAAUAAAGUAAAAAAGUGCAUUGAGCAGUGUAAAA